GUCGCGAUGACGAAGGAUUUGAGACGCGCGAAUUGUUUUUGGGAAAUCAAUGGUCGAGCAGAUCGAGUAGACCCUGCUCGAUGGCGCCUACUUCGAUUUGUUUGUAAACAAACGAAACAAACGAAAAAAGGAUAAAAAGGAUAAUUCAGGGCUGGUUCCGGAUCGCCGGAAAAUGAUAAAGUAACGAAGCAGAACGGAAAAAAGCUGUCGAUAAUGGAACCCGUUGCACCGGUCACUGAAGAGCAAUCAACCGCAAAGGUGUGCAACUUUUGCAAUAAAACUUUCAAAUUCAAUGCAACAUUACGGCAGCACGAGAAGAUCCACUACGGGAUAAAACAGUUCGAAUGCGCUGUGUGCCAGCGACGGUUCUUGCACAAAGGAACUCUAAAAUGCCACCUGCGGAUGCAUACGGGAGAAACGCCGUACAAAUGCCCCCACUGUCCAAAGUCUUUUCGGGGACAAACGGCACUAAAUUGCCACGUUUUUCGGCACACCAAAACGGGAGUGCAGUGCCCCGAAUGCGGGAAAGUUUUCGCCACACGGUCCAUCGUUAAACAACACCUUCAGCAAGUUCACACCGCCCAGCGGCCUCAUGUUUGUAACGUCUGUGGGAUUACCUACAAAUACCUGAAAACUCUGAGGUUGCACCUUCGCACGCACGAAAAACGUGUUUGUCCAGAGUGCGACAUGGUGUUCCACAGUGUUUAUGCCAUGCGGAAACAUCGGAAAAGCCAUACGAAAGAAACCUGGCCCUUCCGGUGUACGUUCUGUGGGCGUCGGUUUGAAAAACAAGUUGAAUUAAAAUCACAUGGCAAGCUGCGUGGACGGCCUUUUCAGUGCACUCUCUGUUGCCAUAGCUUCAACGAACGGAUAUUUUUGACGAACCAUGAACGCCGAAACCAUUGGAAACAGUUGGGUAUAGAACGAUUGAAAAUGAGACAAUCAAGGUGUGCUGGGAACCAAAUAGGGCCGGUUAUCGGAACCAGCAACUGCGAAGCAGAAAGACAAUCAUCACCAGAACUGGGUUCAGUUGCGUGUCGGAGCAAAACAGAUUUUAAUAUUCCACUGAGUGAAAUAGUCACUGAUAUGCAGAACGAAGCAGCAAACUUAGCAGAGAACGUUGCGGGAACUUCUUCAAACGAGGAAACGCUCACAGUAAUGUACAAUGUAAUUGUUGAAAGCGAAACACCGGAAAAUGAUUCUUCUGUUCAUGAAAUCACCUCAGUUGCAACCGCCGUUCUUUUUCCUAAUACAUCGAGUAAUGCAAUAUCUAGUGAUGAUAGUAGCCAGCAAAUAUGUGUGAUCGAUCGUGGUCGAUCUCAAUCGAAGACGCAACAGGAGGUAAUGUGCGAAACUUGUGGCAAGCUGUACUCAUCGGCGGCAACUCUCGCCGUUCAUCGUACCAACCACCAUCAGGCAAAACGAUUUUCCUGUACCCAGUGCGAGCGAUCCUUCGGUUACCGAUGCCAUCUAGAUCAACACUUCCAAAGGCAACAUCGGCAGGAACAACUGGCGUGUAAAUUGUGUGCGAAAACUUUUAAAUAUGCCCAGGAUUUACAUGUCCACAUGAAACAUCACCAGGAUGCCAAACCGUACAAGUGCGACCAAUGUACCUCUACGUUUCGGUUUCCCAGUGCCCUCAGGAGUCACCUCAUCCUGCACAAGACGGAUCGGCCGUUCCGGUGCGAAGAAUGUGGAAAGUCAUUUCGCUACGAUAACAGCUUGCGUGUCCAUCGGCGAUUACAUGCGGAUGCGAAACAGUACGAGUGUGAAAUUUGCCAUCACAAGUUUUUCACAAAGCAUGUGAUGGUGAGGCACAUGAAGGUGCAUGCGCGACAAAAAGGUCUAAAUUGUGAAAUUUGCCAGACCGUGUUUUACAAGAAAAGAGAUUUGAUAAUCCACCAAACCAAAGAGCAUAGCAGUGCCGUGCCAAUAUACGGCUGCGACAUUUGUGGGAAGGAGUUUGUGAAGAAAUGCAAUCUCCAGAUGCAUUCCUACUUACACGAGGAGGUGCUUCGAUUCGUUUGCAUGUUUUGCAACCAAGGCUUCAAACAAUAUUCCGGACUUAGAAAUCAUACUCUACGCGCUCACCCUCAAAGUGCACAAAAGGAAAUCGAGGAAAAGCCAGCUGAAUAA